CAUCAGUGAAUUAAAAAAAAUGGGAUCGUCUGAAUCUAAAUCUCCAUCUCUAGAAUAUGAUACACCUUGGAGAAAAAUGGGGGAAAAACAUACUUUACAAGAGAAACUGAGGAACUUUACACUCGACAAUCCUGAGAUUAAGUUUGUGAGGAUUCUGGUUGCUGGUGAAGUUGGAGCAGGAAAGUCCAGCUUCAUAAACUCAAUUAAUAAUGCUUUCCAAGAUCGAAUCACCAGUGGAGCUCUUGUUGAUGCAACAGCUGGAACCAGUUUCACAAAAGUUUACAAAACCCAUUACAUCAGGGAAAAGGAUGGCAAAAAUUUACCUUUUGUUUUCAAUAAUAUCAUGGGACUUGAAAAUGGAGAUAACCAAGGUGUACAAGUACAGGACAUUGUCACUGCCUUCAACGGGCUUCUUAAAGAAGGAUACAAAUUUAAUCCUGUUAAUCCAGCAUCCAAGAAUGACUCCACAUACAAAAACAAUCCCAAUGUUUCUGAUCAAAUCUUCUGCCUGGUCUACAUUAUAGCAGCAAACAACGUGUCACUCAUAGAUGUAAAGAUUAUUAACAAGAUGAAACAGAUCCGUGAGGCGGCUUCAGAGUUAAAUUUGCCUCAAGUAAUCAUCAUGACAAAAGUUGAUGAAGCCUGCCCACUGGUUAAAAAUGACAUAACUAAAGUUUACACCAGCAAGAAGAUCAAAGAAAAGAUGGAAACGUGUAAAGAUCUGCUGGGCGUUCCAAUGAGCCACAUCUUCCCAGUGAAGAAUUAUCAUGAGGAGAUCGACACAGUCAAUGACCUGGAUGUUCUGAUCCUCAAGGCGCUUGAGCAGAUUGUGAAUAUUGCCCGUGAGGCUCUAAGAGACCAAAAAUCUCAUGAAAAUGUUAAGUGAAAGCUUUUUUUUUUACUCCUACAUUAGUGCAGAGUGGCAGGAUAGUAAAAAGGCUGUAGUGUAGAUAUGUAUGUGUUUAUGAUUACUGUCAUUAUCACUGAGGUACGUCUAUUAUUCAAAAUAACAUUUCAUUGUUUGACUGUAUUUCACUUAAGCUACAUUUUUUCACACAGAAAUAUCACAAUAAUAGUUUUGUCACCUUUGCCUGGUGUUUUUUGGAUGUCAUUAAAACAUUUAAAUUCAAAUAAUUUAAUUAUAUCAACAUUUAGUUAAUUUAAAUUGAUUUUCCUUAAAGUAAAAAAAAUAGAAACUUGUAUAAAACUGUUAAACAUUGAUCUAAUAAGAUUUUUAAAAAAUGUAUACUAUGCUUAAAGAAUGUGACUCCUUAAAAGUUUAAUCAAUCACAAACCCUUUAAUAAAAAUGUUUAAAUAUUCAUAGUACACUGUUAAAUUCUUCAAAACUGAAAUCAUGUCCCACAAACACUUUCAAUAUCAAACAAAAGCCUAAAGUUAUUUCACUGAAUGCUUUUGAAAAUGUUAACAAAGUUUGUGCAGUAGGCAUUGCAGGGAGGAAACUCACUCAGCGACUCACUCACUGUCCAUGCUGCUUUAUCCUGUAUACAGGGUCGCAGGUGGAGCCUAUCCCUAGAGUCCCAAAUUUGAAUUAUUAAUGUUGGUAACUUUCAAAGCAUGUUCCAAGCUAGGAAGGAAUUUUUAUAUGCAAUUCAUACAAUAAAAAAAUAUAUUCAGCUCAUUUUGUUAUGAAUUAUAUUUUAAAAUAAUCGAGAACAAUCAUAAUAUAUGUUUGUUCUCGAUUAUUUUAAAAAAUAAUUCAUAACAAAAUGUACAAAACAUGUUUUUAUAGUUAAAAAGAGAUGCAAGAGUAACUUUACAAUAAUGUUUUAUAGAUAUUAAACUAUUAUGCAGGCCCAAAGCAUUCAAAACAUUUAUCAUCUUCAUUAAGUAAUUAAGCAAUCAACUAAUUCAGUAAGCCUACAGUGUUAAGUAGUUGCAAAUCUCCAAAGAGGAAACACCAAUAAUUAGCCAAUCUGGGCUUAAACUGAGCUGAAGGACUGAGUCAACCAUGCAGCCCAAAAAUACUUUUGUCCAGUGAUGAUGUGGUGUCCAGUUCAUGUGUGAAAAUGGUUCCUCAUGCAUCCGAGUCCUGGAAUAUGCUCCGUGCCAUCAGGGAAGAAAAAACUCCAUAGAUGUGAUGACCUGGUGAUUUAGUACAGUCAGGUGGUGAGCUGAUUUCAUUUUAUUGCCCCAUAAUGUUGCUGAAUAAGUCACUGAAGCAACCCCAGAUCAUAACACAGCCUCCAGAGGCUUCUACAGUGGACACUAUGCAUGAUACACAGACUUCUUUGUCAGGGUUUUUAUACGCAUUGUACCAGAUUAGGUCCAAUAUUACAUAUAAAAUUAAUUGCAGAACUUAACUUCAUUAUAAAUAGAUAAUAAUAGAGAACAAUCCACAGGUCUUCAGGUAAAUUAUCUUUGAUUGGUUGAGUUUUUUUGAGAAGAUACAAUAUAAAUAGAAAUUUACACAUAACUGUUCACACACUCACUUAAAAGAACAUACUUUACUAAAGAUUAAAUCUCUUUGUUUUUGCAGCCGUUUUAAGCAAACUUUUACUUUCUCUUUACCUGAAGUCAUGUGAUUUCCAGAAACACAAAAUGUGCUCUUACAGUGGUUGCUUUUGUACACUGGAUUAGUGGUACUAUUGCAUUACAUUGCAUCAUAGUAUUUUCAUAUUGAAUUUCAUAUCAUGAUAACUACAAUUAUUAAAGUAGUCAGCGUCAAAUUUUAGAGGUGAUAAUUAGUCACAAAGUUAAUAUUUGGUUAGAAAGGAGGGCUUCCAAAAGAGUAAUGCACAGGAACACAAACUACCUAAAGUGUGCUACUGUAAGUUUGACUGAACGUAGCCUAGAUCAAAAACUUUGUCCUAUUUGUAGAUAACGUAUGUACUUAUUCUUUAGUUUUUUUUCCCAGAAAAAUUUAGGUUAAAAGGGAAUUCAGGAAGAACACAACAUGUCUACGUAAUAAAACAUGAUGGUCAUCACUAG